AUGCGAUCAAACAGCAUAACACGUAUGCAAUCCAAGAAUAAUACACGAUUAAUAUAUAGUGUUCAGUGAGUUUCAUAUAAGAUAAUGAAAGAUGGUCUUUCACAUUUUAGAUUUAUUAAUUUUGCGCCUCGUCGUGGUGGCGCUAGUCUACAGAAAUGUGGUAGGUCAAUCAGUGGCAAUAUGCGAUGGAAUUCAAGAUAGCAUUGACUUAACGAACACCUACAAGACUAAAGCAAUGCCCGACUUAAUGAAGAACUUAAAUGAUAUUUAUAAAGUCAUACUCGGAGAAAGUAAAACUGACGACACGUUGACCUCUGCAGAAAAGAAGUCACUGAGAGCGAUUCUUAAAAGUCUAAAGCCAAUGCCAAAACAGGUCAAACUUAUCCAAAAGGGAAUUUCGGCCAUGAGUUCAGGCUCUCCCCGCGUCAAAUCAAAGUACAGGGAACUGGACGAAAAUAAUUACAUCAGUAUAUUAGGAGACAAUCUAAUGAAACAGGCCGAUGACUACUUGUCCUCGUUUGAUUCACUAACAUGGGAACAAAAACGAUCGCAAAUUAAUACUCUGUCGUCACUUGGUAAAAGAUGGGGUAAAGAUAUAGCCAGUGCACUUAAAAAGCUUGAUGAUGGUUCGGAAAAGACGACACUGACCUCUCUGAAAAAGAUUUUCAAACCCUUCAGUAAACAGCUACUAAAAGUGUCUAAGGUACUUUCCAAAAUAGAAUCGAUGUUUAAGUCACUUUUGAAGAAAGCAAGUGAUUUUAAAGACGGCUAUGAAUGUGAUGACGCAGCAUCGGAUACCACUACUGUACAACAAACCACACCCAGGACUUAUAGAAGACAAACGACACCAAGACCUGCUACACCGAGACCAACGACACCGAGACCUACUACUCUAAGACGAACAACGCCUAGAACAACGACGGCAAGGCGGACAACACCAAGGCGGACAACCCAGCGACCAACGGCGACAACAGAACAAGGGCAAUUAGAGUGUCCAACUAAUUUUGAUCCGGUUUGUAGCGAAACUACUAGUGGCGUUCGCUGUAAAUGCGAUUGUCCGUUUUGUGUUCUCAAUG